AUGCUGGAGAUCCAAUGUAUCAUUAACGUGUGCCUGGAGAUAUUGGAGACGCCGAGAGACGGUGAGGAGGAUGAUGAUGAGAAGGAAGAAGAUGAUGAUGAAGAUGAUGAUGAAGAAGAUGAGACCAAAGACUUUGUUGACCAGGAAAAUCGAAUGGAUAUUCAGGAAACCAGCUUCAACCAAAGCCAACCGGAGUCCGAUGAAACUGAGGAAUCUUACCGUGAAACUCAGAAGGACCUGUCAACCCAUUACACUUCCACCAACAGUUCUUCUGGCCACCAAAGUGCCAUUAAAGACUUUUCAAUCAAGUCACUGUUGAGUGAAAACCUUUACCCAAAAAGCACAGCAGAGAAAAGGCCACCCAUUUCCCACUUUGUUCCUGGUUUCUUUCCGCAGCUCUGGAAUGGUGAUCUGGUGAACUUCUCCCAAGUCCAAGAACAGCCAGUAGACACCGGACCCCUGGAUCUUGUGAUCAAGGACAGGAAAAUUAAAGAAGAGGAGGAGAAUGUAGAGAUCCCAGCUCUACCAUUUCCUACAGACUUCUUCAAGGAUAUGUUUCUUGAGCAUUCCACCAAACAUUUUGGGCAGAUCAAGGCCGAAAUGGAUUAUAGUGCUUACCUAAGCUUUCUGAGUGCCGCACAUCUGGGCAUGUUUCCUCCAUGGCCUUUGGAAGAAGAGAGGAAGAUCAAGCCGAAGGCCUCCCAACAAUGUCCCAUAUGUCACAAGGUCAUUAUGGGAGCUGGGAAGCUUCCGCGGCACAUGCGGACCCAUACAGGAGAAAAGCCUUACAUGUGUAAUAUCUGCGAAGUUCGUUUUACCAGACAAGACAAGCUGAAGAUUCACAUGCGAAAACAUACAGGUGAGCGUCCCUAUCUGUGUAUCCACUGCAACGCCAAGUUUGUCCACAACUAUGACUUGAAGAACCACAUGCGCAUCCACACUGGAAUCCGGCCCUACCAGUGCGAGUUCUGCUACAAGAGCUUUACCCGAUCAGAUCACCUCCAUCGCCAUAUCAAGAGACAAAGUUGUCGAAUGUCACGGCCCAGGAGAACCCAGGAAGGAAGCCUGCAGCUUGGAGAAAUUCCAGUUUAUUGUUUACACACAACAACCGUGGAGGUGAGGAAGGUUUUAUGGUGA